AUGUCCAGCUGGGAGUUCAUGUAUGUAGCCAAACAUGCUUUAACCUCCAUCCCAAUAGAAAGUCUUAAAAUAGCAGAGGGUUUCUCUGAUAACCUUAAAAGAGAAUAUAGAAGAAAAUUUUCCGUCAUACAAGCUUUUAAAUUUUUCCGGCAGCCGGAAAUCGACGUUCUCUUUGGUAAAAUGUGUCCUCUAAGGUUCAUCUUGGUCUUUUUCUCAGCUGUCUUGGCAGGGUAUUUCGCAUGGAGAGCGGUUAGAUCUUCGACGGAAACUGAGACGGUAGUUUCGGAUGACACAACAACGGAAAAGAUAUCCUCCAAGGACAAACAAGAACUCAAAUUUGUGAAGAUGAUUCAGAAUGGCUUCUGGGUAUUUGUUGACAUGGCAAGUGGGAAGUACUUGUGGAGGAAUCUGAGAGAGAUGAAGAAUGAUGAGAAAAUGAAGAGCUGUUAG